AUUGUAUCCAACUACAUUUGUAUUCUACAAUAUGUAAUCAUCAUACAUAAAGUACAUCAAUAAUCUAAUAAAAAUGAUUAAAAUAUAUAUAUGUCUAUAAACUUUAACCAAUAUCUAAUAUCAUAAAUGAAAUAUUAUUUUCAGUUUUCUACACUAAAAAUAUUUUUAAAAAUAUAAAUCCAAACAAAUUACCUUUAAAUUAAUAACCCUAUAAAUUAAUAUAUUCUUAAGGUUCCAACAUUAUUAGUUUAUAGAGUUUUUACCUUAGGUCAAAAGAUGUAAAGUUGCAGUAUAACUUAUAAGGUUUAAAAAUUGAAUUCUUUUUGUUUUUAUUUUCUACAACUAAUAAAAAUAAAUAUCUCAUUUUUAUUAUUUGAAGAGCACUUUUAAUAAUUAACAUUACCUUGAUGUGUGAUUAACAUAAAUGACAUUGUUGAUGUGUCAGCUUCAUAACUAUUCUCAACCGACUUAUUAAAAUAGACAUAACUUACUAGAGUAUUUACAAUGAAAUGUUAUUGAACAUAUUUGUUACAUCAUUCAUUGUUACAUGUAAACAAAUAAAUAUAAAUCGGUUAAUUUUGGCAGACCAAACGAAAUUUAAAUAAAAACCGGACUGUUAUGUUAUUUGUUUGGCUGUUAUAUAUCGUUUAUAUACUCUUUAAAUAUGAUUAAAAGUAUCAUUAAGUUAUAUAUGACUCUUAUAUGAUUCAUAACUUCAAAUAUAUAUGGCGUUAAAUACCGACAUAAUAUAUGUGUUAUAUAUAUCCAAUUCUAUAUAUCUAAAUUAACCAUAUAAUAUGCCAAACGUAUUAUAUAUGAAAGUGAAGUCCGACUAGUGACUACGUCAUUUACAGGUUCACAUGUAGAUAAUACCAAGUCUAAAUAUAUGCAUUAUUAAUUUGACCAGUAAAACUGGUCCGGUUAAUAUAGUUGAUACUCAAUGUGAGGGAACCGGACUGUUUAUUGUAAAUUAAUUCGAUUUGUUUCGAAUAUAUUCUCUUACACGACUCAAUCUAUUUCAGGGACCAGACAGGAACUGUGGAUUUUAGUCAGGUUGGCGCGAGCGUGCAUCAACUGAAGGGUAGUAGCUCAAGGUAUGUCUUGUUUUGAGCUUUUGUCCCAAUCUUUAGUUAGCAGAGAGUAAAAUUAUUGCGUGUGGUGGAUAGAUGAAGAGCUCUGUCUUUGUGUAUAAUAUGCAGUGUUGGUGCCAAGAGGGUGAAAGGCUUGUGUCUUCAAGGAGUACUGCGAGGCUAAUAACUACGAAGGGUGAUGCUUUUUAAUUAUGGUCUUCUUUCUGAAACUCAUAUUAUAUUAAUAAUUAUAUAGUUCUAUAUAAAUAAUAUAAUAACUUUUAGAAAAUUCUAUAUAAAUAUAUAGUUCCAGUAAAAUUAUAAAUUAAUAAUUAUAUAUAUGUGUCAUAUAUAAGUACAAACAAAUAUUAUAUUAUUUAUUUUAUAUUGAGAAAAAGAUUAUCUUUAAUUUUUUGCAUUUUAAUAUGUUUUGAUAAUAUUUAGUAAAAAUAUAUCUCUAACAUUACGAGAAAUAUAUUUAUUACAAGAGCUGUUUUCCUGGUUAAUUCGUCGUAAUGAAGAAGUUACAAAGAAUUAACUAGAAAUAGCGUUUCGUUAUAACACACUCGUCGUAAUAAAGGAUUCGUCGUAAUUUCCUCGUAAAGAGCAAGAGCAGAGAAAAAUUAUUUGUCAUAAUGUAACUGUUAGACUUCAUCGUAAAAGACUCAUAAAGCUUCCUUGUAAAUUACUCUUAAAAUACUUGCACAUUUUACGACGAAUUUACAAAUACUUCCAUGUAGUGUCAGUAAUCUUUAGAGGAAUUUAUUAAUAUUUCCUUGUAAACAUCAUGUAAAGUUUACAAAGAUUUUAUAAGUACUUCCUUGUAAACUUUUUGUAAAUAUUACGAGGAAUUUAUAUCCCGUAUUAUAUAAUAACAAUAUAUUAAUAUAAUAUAUAAUAUUACAAAGAGGUUGUCCUUGGUCUUGUUUAGCACAACCAUUAGUGAAUCUGUCUAUGUGAUCGUUGGUUCAAUGUUUAGAAUGGGAAUGAAAUGGAAAGGAAAAUGUUGACAUGAAAGAAAGAAGCAUGAUGCACCUAGUAAUAUUUGAUGCGUGCCAUGUGCAAUGUUCAUCACAUUAUCAUGAUAAAAUAGUUUUAUAUCGUACAUAAAAGUUAACAUAAACAUACAUGGCACAUGCCAUAUGGGUCACUCAAAGGGUGACAGACUAAUUGAAUGUAAAUAUACACCAAAAAUAUAAAAAAAAUGCAUUAACACCAACCCAAAAAAAAUUUGGUAGAUUAACAUGGGAAAUGGCAGAAACACUGGGUCCAUGGGAAUUUAUAAUCGCAAGUACCACGUAUUGCUUUCUCUAUUUCGACACAAGUCUUCUGGCAUAUAGCAUCCCUUUUACAAAAUCUCCUCCCUGCCUUAGGCUUCCUCUUGCAUGACUUCUGCCCUUUCACCAUAGUUGGUUCUUCUUUAUAUAUAUCAGGGUUGAUUAUUAAACAAUCUAAAAUUUAAUAAAUAACUUAAUUUGCUACGUAUAUGAUAAUGUCAAUACUUACCAAAAGCAGAAAAGAUAAUAAGAACAAUGAAUAGGAGAGUGAUGAUGGAAGCAAACUUAGCCAUGCUAUAUUUUACUUUUUACUUUUUCUUUAUUUUAAUUUUAAAGGAUGUAUGUGUAUUAUAUGAGGAAUUGAGCCUAAGAUGAAUUUAUAAUGACAUGAUGGCUAGUUUAGUCUUUUACUUUUUAUCCUACAAUAAAGUUUAACCACAAGAAUUGAAACACAUAUCUAUGAUUUAGGUAAUAAGAGGCAAUUCUUAAACUUUAAGUGGGUAAUAAUAGACGAGAAAAGGCUAACCAAGAGAUAAAAUCUUGUUUGUGAUUGGACACUACUUCCUAAACAAUCAUCAAUCCGCGGCUGUUGAGACUCAUAUGGCACCUCCAUCCUUAAGAUAGACUAGAGCUUGAUCUGCACAUUCGUGCGGUGUUAGUUUUUAUUUUAUUUUUUAUAAAUUGUUUAAUGAUACUUUUAAAUAUAUAAUUUUAGGUUCCUACUCACCAGAACCGAACCCACCCAUACCUAAACACCUCGACUUUAACUCCUUCUGAAAAUUUAUAUUUUUUUCUCUAAUGCAUGAGAAAGCAAAUGAAAUUUAUUCUUGUGGUUUUUUUGGGUCUGAUUAUGACUUUGUAAUCUAUAUUAUAAAAUUAUAUGCAGAAAAAUGGUGAAGAUAUAUGUUGCAUAGGAGCCGGUUAUGUCAGUGGACCAACCAUGGCAGUCGUUGCUCUUAAAUGUCCCGACAUUGAAGUAGCUGUCGUUGACAUCUCUGUACCACGUAUCAACGCUUGGAACAGCGACCAGCUUCCAAUCUACGAGCCUGGUCUCGACGAAGUCGUCAAGCAGUGCCGUGGCAAGAACCUUUUCUUCAGCACCGAUGUUGAUAAACACGUCAGAGCUUUCGAAGCUUGCGGCAGACGCUUUCUUGGCUCAGAGGAUUUCAUCUGUUAAUGCAAUGUCAGCUCUGUGUGAAGCCAUUGGCGCUGAUGUCACGCAAGUGGCUUACGCGGUUGGUACUGACCCUCGUGUACAUUUGUGAAUGCAAUGGACUGCGUACUGGAAGCGAGUCAUCAAGAUCAAUGACUACCAGAAGAACCGGUUUGUGUCUUCAAUGUUCAGUUCAACCGUGUCGAACAAGAAGAUUGAGGUUCUAGGUUUUGCAUUCAAGAAAGACACUGGUGACACUAGGGAGACUCCAGCAUUGUCGAUGAACAAGUUUGAAUGGGACCAUACGCUUCAUUUGCAGCCAAUGAGCCCAACGACGGUGAAACAAGAGAGUGUGAGUUGGGACGCAUAUGAAGCAUCCAAGGACGCGCAUGGUAUAUGUAAUCUCACAGAGAGGGAUGAGUUCAAGAACUUGGAGAAACCGGCUUUUGUGUUUGCUGGAAGCAACAUUAUGGAUUUUGAGAAGCUUAGGGAGAUUGGUUUCAUUGUGUACUCCUUCAUUGGUAAGCCACUAGAUGCAUGGCUCAAGGACAUGCCGGCCGUUGCCUAAAUGAUGAUUCUUUUUGAACCUUUACACAUAUUUCUUCCUCCAUCAUCAUCAGUUUGUCAUAUUUUGGUUUUCACUUGUGAUCAUUGUCAAGCCUUUGAGACUUGUUACCACUGCUUUUCUUACAAUGUGUGUUUUUGUUAUGUAAGCUCUCUUUAUUGUUUGAUUAUUUGGUGUAAUUUAUUUUUCGGUCGAUUCCAUAGAUGUUGGUUGCUUUAUUGGAUAAAAAAAUUAAAAAUAAAUUCAAUCUGUUGAUUAGGUGAUUUUGUGAAGCUGGUUUAUAAUAUUAGGCCAGUUAAGGUGUUGUAAAAUGCGUGUGUUUUUAGGUAAACACUAAUUGAGUUUUUGUCUGUUAAGAGAGUUGACAGCUUGGAGAUUCUCUGAGUAUCGGAUUUGACAACUAACUCUUGCACGUUUUGAAAGCUACACGUAAGAGAUUAUAUGCUUUCAUGUCUUUGAUUUCAUUCCCAAUCAUUGGUCCUCAACCUUGUCUUUUUUUGACAACCAUUUCUUUUUGUUAAUCAAUUUAUAAAAAAUGAACUUAAAUAUAUGUUUCCAUUUGAAAACGUUAAAAAACUUAGACAAAGAACUUUCAUGUAAAUGGUUUAAUCAAAUUGUGAUUUUAAAAUGGAGGAGAUACAGCUUUUGUAAUUAAAUAUUUGGAUAUUAUUUAUUUUUAAUAUAUAAAUGUCCAAAUAUUGCUGUCUUUUUUUUUUCUUUUAAUUGGUGAAAAGACAAAAGAGGAUUGUCUUGGGAUUGGGCUAUUUGCAGAAAAUUCAAAGU